AUCUCAGUCUUAGUUCACAAGCUCUCACUGUUUUAAUAUUCUGUAUGUGAAAUAUAUUUCUUAAGUUACUUAAGCUUAAACUACAGCUCAUCUUUAACACAUGUGGAUUCAGAGAAGUAUGUGUUUAUGCAUAGAAUAAUUAUUAAAUUUGUAUUUGAUUUAAAAUGUAAGACUGGCUUAAAAAAAUACUGUAUUUCUUCUUCCAGGUUGUUCAUUUUGAAAACAAUGAAUUAUAUGAAUGUAUAACAUGGACAAAUAUAGCAAUUCCACCACUGUUACAGAAUUCUUUCUAACUGGAUUUCCAGGAGUUUCUCCAGAGUUUUAUCCAGCAGUUGGACUUCUUCUUCUUUUUAUUUAUCUUGUCCUUGCAUUGGGAAACAUUUUCACCAUUGCAUUUGUGUUCUAUGAAAAAAAUCUCCAAAAACCAGUUUAUUUAAUCUUCUGUAAUUUGGCCGCGGUGGAUUUUGCUUUUGGAACUGCGACCAUGCCUAAAAUUGUCGGUAAAUAUCUGAUAAGCGAUGACAACAUUUCAUUUUAUGCUUGUUUCAUUCAAAUGUAUUUAAUUCAUUAUUUAGGAACUGUCACUUCCUUCCUGCUGCUUGUAAUGGCGAUUGAUCGAUUUAUUGCUAUCUGUAACCCCCUCAGAUACCCGACGAUCGUUACGAACCAAUCAGCUGCAGUUAUAUGUUUGAUAUUUUGGAUUUUUCCCGGAUUAUGGAUGGUUUUAAUCGUUUAUCAGUCGAUAUCUUUACCCUACUGCAACUCCAACAUCAUCCAGCACUGCUUCUGUGACCGAACUUCAAUAACUAAACUGGCCUGUAGUGAUAUAACCGUUCCACAGACGUACGCCUUCGUUGGGGCAAUGGUGACACUGUUAGGACCGCUCGCAUUCAUCCUAUCAUCCUACGUUUCCAUCAUUAUAGCCGUCUUUAAAAUCUCCAACGCUCAAGGAAAGUACAAAACCUUCUCCACAUGCAGUCCUCAGCUCCUCAUCAUCUGUCUUUACUAUCUCCCGAGAUGUGCCGUCUAUGUGCUGGAUGUUACAGUGCAAAUGAAAAUCGACGCUCGCAUCAUGAUCGUUAUUUGGUACAGCCUCUUUCCUCCGCUGGUGAAUCCCAUGAUUUUCUGCUUUAGAACUAAAGAAAUCCGAGAAGCUUUCUUGAUGAAAUUAAGAAAAAGUAAGAUCAGCCACAAACGGACAGCUCCUUCAGGAUGAGAAUUAUUCUUAUUCUUCACUAAAUAAGAACGAGAAUUUGUCAGAUUUCUACAUUUGUCUUGUUCCGUAACUCAAAAAAAAAAAAGAAAUCUAGAUAUAUGUGGUAUAUGUGGUAUAUUAGGUGUGUCUUACAUUGUGUAAAAAAAAAGUUAUCCUUGUAAAUCUAAAAGGUUAAACUAAAUGUUUUUUGUGUGUCUUCUUAGUUAGUAUAAUUACAUUUUGUUAAAUUUGCUUAUAUCGAGAUACACUUAUGGUUUUGCUUCAUCUGUAUUUUUUUUUUUUUUUUUUUUUGGAGAUAUAAGGUUUUGUUUCAAUAGUGAUGAUGAGCCAUCCUGGAAUGGCAAGACUUGAGUUUUUUAAAAUCUUUUAUCUUGAGAUAAAAAUAUGGACAUAUAUACGGAUAAAUAUGGAU